CCCGGUGGCUCAAUGUGAAUGGGAUUUAGUCGUUAACGAGCGGCCAACAAGAUCAGAUCAAAUUCGGUGAUUCAGUUUUGGUUAAUUUUAUCUGAUAUCUGUGUACAUACAAACAUACGUCUCUCUGCAUACGAGCAUAUUUGUCAAUGUAUAUAAGCCUACAUACAUAUAUACAUAGAGAGAAAAAUCUGAGAUCGGUGUGUGAUAAUAACCAGCAAUAACAAUUAGUUAAUUUAUACAAAAGCAUUGCAAAAAACGAGCACAAAAGUGUGGUGAAAACAAAGUAAAUAAAAUAAAAGCAAACAAGUGAGCAGUGGAGUACAGCACAAAAAAAGGCCAACUGCGCAAACAGCAAAAAAAUAUAGAAAAAUCUUAAACAACAUUUUUCGAAAGUCUACUAUUUUUAGCUACUAAACUAAUUGAAUCUGGCGAAAGAGGAGCGAAGAUUUGUGAAUCGUCUAGUACACUGAGCUCGAACGUUGAACCAGCGAUUUUAUGAUGAGCAAAAAUGGGCACAGCAAUCCUACAUUCAUUGGCGACAAUAUUGUCAGCGACAAAGCGACCAACAAAUAUUCACUGGAGUUGGCUGAAAAGGGUGGCACGACGGUGGGUAUGGUUGCGAAGGAUCCUGGAUAUGAAUAUGAACCCUAUGACAAUCGUGAAGUAGAACAUCCAACUACCAAUUCGGAAACACUAUUUCAUCUGCUGAAGAGUUCUUUGGGCACAGGCAUUCUGGCUAUGCCAAACGCUUUUCGCAAUGCUGGCUAUGUAACAGGUAGUAUAGGUACCGUUAUCAUUGGGUUCAUCUGUACCUAUUGCAUUCAUCAGCUCGUUAAAGCCGAAUAUGAACUUUGUCGACGGAAAAAGGUGCCUAGCAUGAAUUAUCCGGCCGUUGCAGAGAAUGCAUUUAUGGAGGGCCCUUCCUUCUUUCGUAAAUGUGCGCCCUAUAUUGGACACGUCGUUAAUACAUUCUUGCUAAUCUAUCAAUUGGGCUGCUGUUGUGUCUAUGUGGUUUUCGUAGCGUCAAACAUCAAGUCGGUUGUCGAUUUCUAUCUAGAAGAACCCGUUGAUGUACGCCUAUGCAUGCUGAUCAUUCUUCUGCCACUGAUUCUUAUCAAUUGGGUCCGCAAUCUGAAGUACCUGGCUCCAUUUUCAACCAUUGCCAAUGGCAUUACAAUGGUUUCAUUUGGCAUCAUCUGCUACUACAUAUUCCGUGAGCCCUUCACCACCGAUGACAAGGUAGCCAUGGCGCCUCUUUCCGGCUUUCCGCUCUUCUUUGGUACAGUGCUCUUUGCCCUCGAGGCCAUCGGUAUUAUACUUCCAUUGGAAAAUGAAAUGAAAUCGCCAAAAAAGUUUGGGGGCAGCUGCGGUGUACUCAACGUAUCUAUGGUAUUAAUUGUAUUUCUAUAUUCGGGAAUGGGUCUCUUUGGCUAUUUGAAUUAUGGAAGUGAAGUUGAGGGAUCAAUUACGCUCAAUCUACCAUCGAAAGAUAUCUUAGCGCAAUGUGUGAAGGGUAUGCUGGCGUUUGCGAUAUACAUAACUCAUGGCUUGGCGUGCUAUGUAGCCAUUGACAUCACAUGGAAUGAUUAUGUGGCGGAGAAGUUGGGUCCGCAGCGAAAGAAACUUUUCUGGGAAUAUGUAGUGCGGACGUCUAUGGUUCUGGUGACAUUUCUUUUAGCCGUCGCCAUACCAAAUUUGGAACUCUUCAUUUCCCUAUUCGGCGCGCUUUGCCUUUCGGCGCUCGGAUUAGCGUUCCCAGCAAUGAUUCAAAUUUGUGUCCAUUGGUAUCAUACGGAAGGUAUUGCCAGAAUAUGGCUCCUGUCUAGCAAUUUUGUGCUUAUAAUUGUCGGCAUACUCGGCCUGGUAAUUGGAACAUCAACCUCGCUCUCAGAGAUCAUCGCCACCUUCUCCAAGUAAAUGAAGGUGCUACACUAAUAAUAUUACACAAACAUUCUAAUUGAAUCCGUGAUAUUUUAAGUUACUGUUCCAACAAUAUUAAUUUUAUUCCUAAGACAAUUAAUAUAAAGCAAAUGCGAAUAUACGCAUAAAUGAAUAUUUUCAAUAUUGUUAAAUAAAAAAAAAAUUGUGUAAGCCUGAAAAUGUAAUGGAAAGUGCUCAAACGAAUUGCCAAAAAGGUAAUUCCACUUCUUGUUAAUAACACUGAAACCGUUAGAAUAUUUAAUUUAUUAAGCAAAAUUGUUGCCAUUUUAUAUAAAAUAGUAUGUAAAUAAAUAGUAAAUAGAAUACUCGUAAAACAGAAACCAUACUUUAGUAUCAAAUAAAAUACUAAAUCACAAUCUUUCCAAAAAGAGUGCCUUCGAGAAUCGUUAACAUUUUAUCGUUGUGUAUAAAGUAUUUUAAAUAUAUCUUA